AUGAAGGAAAAGUUGAAUUCAAAGCUCAAUGAUGCAAUAACAAAGUUCCCUGAAAAGGAAAGUUUUAGGAUUUUCAAAGAAAAGAUGACAAAUACAAUUGUUGAAGAAAAAACUGAAAGCACAACACUUUUUGAAUUUCCAAGCAAUGAAACUGGAGUUGAAGGUAUCAAUUUGACACCAAUAAUGGGCCAAAAAACAAAUGAUCAAAAAGAAAAUGAAGAUGAUGAAGGAAAUCGCGAAGAAGAAAAUGAUAAUGAUGGAAGUCAACCAGAAGUGGAUUACUUGCUUGAUUCAAAUGAAGCAGAGAAUGAAGGAAUAAAGAAUGAUGGAGAUAAGAAUAAAAAGAAGGUGAAACUGAAGUAA